CCUUUAUAUUUGUUCAUGUAAGAAAACUAAUAAAAAAAUAUUAAUAAACACAGAAACCAGCGCCAUUCUCAUCACCGCCGUCCAUCGUCGUCAAUCAUCAACGCCACUCAGCCAUAGCUCAGAAAUCAUCGAUUCACAAUUCCGUUCGACUCAUUAGAAGUAAAUCGGACGAGGCAGAAUGAGCGAUAGGCUGAGGAUGAAGAUGCACAGCCUCGAUGACUUGCCCAAUGAGAUUCUGCUUCAUAUACUGUCAUAUCUUAAGAUAAAAGAUGUUGUUAAGACUAGUGUUUUGUCGAAACGGUGGAGGAAUCUCUGGAAACACCUCCGCCAUCUUAAAUUGGAUACCUAUGAAUUUAGUAAGCCAAGUUUUUUCUCUGAAUGUGUGUCGGAGGUUGUUGCAUCUCGUGGUAUGGGCGAUUAUCCUUUACGUAGUCUGGAAUUCAAACGUCAUGGAGCUUUUCGAUACGAGAUUUUCACUGGUCUGAUAAACCAUGCUAUGUCGAAUGGUCUUCAGCAGCUGAACAUAGGCGUCCCGAGCAAUAUUGGGUUGCCGUAUUCUAUUUUUUCUUGUCAUUCAUUGACCUCUAUUUAUAUUUCUGUUUCAAGGUAUGAUAUCAAAAAGAGAACCAGGCUGCCUAAGCUUCUUGAUCUUCCGGGAUUAAGAAGUUUGCGUCUUGAAUUUGUUGGGAUUCAGGCUGAUGAUAGUGGUCGUGCUGAACCCUUCUCGACGUGUACUAAGUUAACUGAUCUGAACAUUGAUGAGUGUUUCUUAGUUUAUCCUAGAGCUGUCUCCAAAGAUAGCGAAGGAGUUCUCAAUAUAAACAAUGCUACACUUUCCAAUUUGACCAUUAAGGAUAUUUUAACUCUUAAAACUAUGAAACAGGAACCAGCUUACAAAUAUGUGAUACAUACGCCAAAACUCGUUUCUUUUACUGUAAAUGGUUCUCCUUUCCGGGCAUCGUCUGUACCAAAGAGGGUGAAGGUUGAGCUUCAGUCUUCCUCAAUGAUGUAAAAUCAAUACAAUCGCCUCCAGAUCUCUUCAGGUGACAGAAAAGUGGUUUUUCAUUAUCCUAAAGCUUAUUGCUCUCCCGGUCCUAUUUAUAAGAGAAAGUUGAUUUUUCAAAUUCAUUGAAUAAUCAAUGUAUCUGGUUCAUUAUACAAGUCUAGAUAAAUUAAUUAUUCAAUAUAUCUAAAAAGUAAAUUUUCUCUUAUCAAUAGGACUUAGGACCAGAGGUAGUAAUUGAAUAUUGAGCAGAGCAGUGCAUCUGAUCUAUUACUGGGAGGACUCACUGUCGAUCAAACUUAUAGUGAUUAGUAGUAUAUAUUCAUGUUAGUGUUCAGUAAAUGUCUUCAAUUAAAAGGAUGCAUUGGUGUAUUUAUGUUAUUAGUUGAUUAAUGUUUUUCUUGCGAAAAGUGUAAGAACAGAUUCAUUUAUUUUGUAUAUUUGGUCUAUUAUCAGUAA